UGAAAGCUGUUUACAAGCUGUCAAAAUAUAACACGCUUGUCACUCUGGACGAUGACAGUGCUUUUUAAUGCAGUAAAGUGAGAAAUAUGGCUGGUGCAAUGUUAUUCGAAAGAGCUCAAUCUGUACCUUCCCAACAUGACAAGUUGUUGAAACUAAACAGAGACGAUGAAGAAGAUGAUGAAAAUAUCGUCAAUAAAGAACAAGAUAUCCUUAACCUGGGUGAGAAGUACAAAAAGGAGGGCAAGGCUAAGGAACUAGCGGAGCUCAUAAAGGCUACUAGGCCUUUUUUGAGUCUAAUUAGUAAAGCGAAGGCUGCUAAAUUAGUUAGAUCGUUAGUUGACUACUUUUUGGAUCUAGAAGCUGGUAUUGGUAUCGAGGUCCAACUUUGUAAAGAAUGCAUAGAAUGGGCAAAAGAAGAAAGAAGAACGUUCUUGCGCCAAUCCCUGGAAGCCCGACUUAUUGCCCUUUAUUUCGAUACUGGAAUGUACGCCGAAGCCCUACAUUUAGAAUCCACAUUGUUAAAGGAAUUAAAAAAGCUUGAUGACAAAAAUUUGUUGGUGGAAGUUCAGCUUCUCGAAAGCAAAACAUAUCAUGCUUUGAGUAAUUUACCGAAAGCCCGAGCCGCUUUAACCUCGGCACGAACAACAGCCAAUGCUAUAUAUUGCCCUCCAAAAAUGCAGGCUGCUUUGGACUUGCAAUCUGGUGUCCUACAUGCAGCCGAUGAGAAAGACUUCAAAACUGCAUACUCAUAUUUCUAUGAGGCAUUCGAAGGUUUCGAUAGUGUCGAGUCCCCCAAGGCUCUAACUGCUCUUAAGUACAUGCUUCUGUCCAAAAUUAUGAUUAACAGUCCUGAAGAUGUCCAGCAAAUUGUUAGUGGAAAAUUGGCUAUUAAAUAUGCUGGACAAGAUAUUGAUGCAAUGAAAGCAGUUGCACAAGCUGCCCACAAAAGGUCCCUCGCAGAUUUUCAACUUGCCGUAAAACAAUUCAAACACGAACUAGAAGACGAUGUUAUUGUAAGAGCACACUUAGGUACCCUUUAUGACAAUAUGUUGGAACAAAAUUUAUGUAGGAUCAUCGAGCCGUACUCUAGAGUCCAAGUAGAUUAUAUAGCCAAAACUAUUAAACUUCCAGUCUUGCAAGUAGAGAAAAAAUUAUCACAGAUGAUUUUAGAUGCCAAGUUUCACGGAAUUUUGGAUCAGGGUGAAGGUGUCCUGAUAGUAUUUGAAGAAACUCCCGUAGACAAGACCUAUGAAAUGGCUCUGGAAACGAUACAGAGCAUGAGCAAAGUAGUAGAUACUCUUUAUCAAAAGGCGAAAAAAUUGUCAUAGGUUUAAUUUUGCGUUGAGAAAAAAAUGUAAUAAAAUAAACGACUGCAAAUUUUUUUGAUCCUCAAAUACUUCUUUCUAAGAAUUUUCGUUUUACUUAACAAUUAAUUCGCUUUGUUAAUUUAAAUCUAGAAAUUUUGUAAUAUAACAAAGUUUGGAAAUAUAUUAUAAACUAACUAAAAACGAUUGAAUGUUUUUUAAGUGAAUUAAUGAUGUUUUUCUUUUUUCUUGUUUAACUGUUUUAAAAUAAUUAAAAUUGUGGGAUGAAGAUGUUUUUGUUUAAGCGUUACUAUAAUUAAUUAAUCAAUCAUUUCGAUAAAUCAUUGAAGAUUUCUAGAUAUUGUAAAUAUACUGAGAAGUGUUGGUAAUGGAAUGAGUUAUUAGGUAUGUAUUUUCUAUGAUUGUAAUUAAAUAAAAUACAAUAAAAAUUACUUGAU